AUGUCAAAUAUUGACACAUUGACGACAGCAGUAGCAGCAUGGACAAACACUUGGCGACAACUAGUACAACUGGCACUGCUGACAGGAUGCCUGAUCUUGGCGAACGGAGGCAGUAAUGCGGUCUCAGCCGAGGGCAACAUCGGUUGCCUUUUCGCGGAAACGCUCUGCAUUGAACAUCUGGAGUGGUGCUAUGACGAUUUCGUAUUUGGUAAAUGUCUUCCACAGUAUGGACUAGAGCCGGAAGAGCUGUUUCGAGAACCGUUGGAUGAAGAUCAGUCCCGAUUUUUAGCUAUAAUGCUAGAGGACCUGCAGGGUGCUGGCCUCGGGUGGGAACACCCGUUUACCCAGUGCCGCAUGCAGGGGGCACUCUUCGCAAUGCGAUCAAACACGGAAAUUCCUCGUAACCUUUGCGCCAAUCUUGCUCCCGACCCUGAAGUUCUUGGUCCUCAAAGCCCCCUUGCAUUCGUCCGUUUCACGCCCCCAAACGAUGAAUACGCUGAUGAGGUGUAUUAUCCUCCUUUGAAAAAGUCAUUAUCCCCGUCCGCUCUACGUCUUCCUCCGAUCGAAGAAAGAAGACCGCUUAUUCCAAUACAUAUGGAUCCAUAUUAUGGAGCAACUGACAGAAAUCAUUUUCGGUAUUUACCCGGCCAAGCAGCAUUACGGAGAAUUCUUAAACAGCUAGAAGGUGGUAAUACUGAAUCUUUUCCAUAUCCAAGCCCGGAUGUUACCGAUUACCUUGAUGAGCAAACUCCCAAUGUAGUUGAAUCGUUAGACUUACGCAUCAAACAGCCGCAAGGCCCAAAUGAAAAACGCGACCAUUCUAUUUUCAAGGAUCAAAAGACGGACAUUGAUGAGGAAAAGGCGUUAAAACAGCUGGUACAAAAACUCACCCCAGUUGAUGUUCCUGACUAUACAUUCAUAAAUCCGAAAACUACAUCCUUCCGGGAGUAUGCUAACAAGCACCAUAUACCCAAAAUUUCUAAUUUCGCUCCGGAGAACGUUAAUGACGACAUCCAGGAAAAAAGCCUUCCCAAUUUGGACAAAUUCUUCAACAAACCUCACCGCCAUCUGAAGGAGCUCAAUGAAAUCCCAACUAAUUUCCGUGAUGAUGCCCAGUUCGCUUCGUCAGAAGCUGGUCUCUACACCGAGGGAGGAUUCGUCUAUGUUCCCAAAGCGGGCACGGCGAAGGGUAAAAAUGAAGCGCGCGCCUUACUAGACAACAUCCUUGGGUUCACCCGCCAUGAGCGCCUGGAUGUGAAAAAACCGGGCCCUCCAGCAGGACCACCGCCAUCAUCGUCGUCAUUGUCACAAACAGCAGCCAAUGCACUACCGCAGGAAGCAUUACCCAGCAAUGCUAAGACCGGCGGCCUGGAAGGGGACAACGACGACAGUGAUGGCACCAAGCGGCCUAAGUCGAAGAAAGAACUCCACGUGCACACGGAUGAUAACCAUGCGCCGCACUCGGUCGAUACGGAAUAUGCGCAUGUGAUUCUCAAGAAUCCGAUCGAUAACUGGAAGGAUGGAUCGAGGAUUGUAACCGCUUUGGCCGAAUUGUUGAACAUGCAGGGAUACUUCACCCAUCCCAGGGUCGACCGCCACGAGGUUUCCUUUCGGGUGGAAUCCAACCCGGAUAAGAAGACAGCAACGGACGUAGCGAAACAGAUCAAUGACAGCCGUUUCAAGAAUAACUUAUCCCGUCGUCUUGGAGUCUUGGUAAUACAGGCCGGUGUCGGAGAUAAAACCAAGGAAAUGGACGCUGUAACCACGGAGCGGCUAAAGCGCGUCGAAGAAGGCCCAGACGUAACGCACGUGAUGGCAUUCAUGUUUGCAGGAGCUGGUGCCGCAGCAAUCAUCGUCAUCGUAAUUACUUUAUUUCUUAUCAAGAAACAUGAUAAAAGAAAGGAUAAAUUAAGUGGUUUACAAGCGGGACUUUCCGGUGCGGAUAGUUGUAGUAAGGACUAUCAGGAUUUGUGCCGCGCGAGAAUGGCAGGAAAAACUGGUAGCAAUGACUCCCCCGGUGGACGAAUUACUUCAUUGGCAAAGGAAGCUGAAAGACCACCCUCUUCUAGAUCGAGCACCUCGUCCUGGAGUGAAGAACCCGCCCUGACCAACAUGGACAUCUCUACGGGCCACAUGGUUUUAUCGUACAUGGAAGAUCACCUGCGAAACAAAGGUCGACUGCAGCGAGAAUGGGAAGCACUCUGUCGCUACGAAGCAGAACCUAGUGCCCGAGAUGCUGCAUUGCAAUCCCAGUGCGCUCCUUUGAACCGCCCCGGGGCACCACUACCGUUCGACCAUUCACGAGUGGUGUUGAACCAUUUGGCCAAUGCAGAAGGAAUGGAUUACAUCAAUGCUUCAACGAUCACGGACCACGAUCCACGAGCACCAGCCUAUGUAGCCGCCCAGGGACCGAUGCAGUCGACGCUGGCUCACUUUUGGCAAAUGGUUUGGGAGCAAGGGGCCGUUGUUCUGGUAGCGCUAUGCCGUCUACAGGAGAAUGGUGAAUCGGCUUGUGCCCGGUAUUGGCCGGAAGAAGGUGCCGAAGUGUACCACAUAUACGAGGUACAUUUGGUCAGCGAGCAUAUCUGGUGCGAUGAUUACUUGGUUCGAUCGUUCUAUCUGAAGAACCUUCGAACCGGAGAAACACGCACCGUAACGCAAUUCCACUUCCUCUCGUGGCCUCAAAGUGGUGUACCAACUUCGGCAAAGGCUCUACUGGACUUCCGGCGAAAAGUUAACAAAUCAUAUCGAGGACGAUCCUGUCCGAUCGUAGUACACAGCAGCAACGGAUCUGGCCGAACUGGAGCGUACAUUUUGCUGGAUCUGGUACUGGGUCGUAUGAACAAGGGCGCUCGAGAAAUUGACAUCGCUGCAACAUUGGAACAUCUGCGAGACCAGCGAGCAGGAUUGGUAGCCACCCGGCAGCAGUUCGAGUUUGUGCUGAUGGCCGUUGCCGAGGAAGUACAUGCCAUACUGAAGGCGUUACCGCAGAACUCGAACACCAGCGGCGAAAAACGACCAAGUGAUCCGGAAAAGGAGGCGGCGCAGGCAAAAGAAACACAGGACGCAGAGACCAAGGCAAAAGACAAAGCAACGGAAAAGUAA